AUGGCUUCCUCCAUCUCCCUUCUCCCGUCCCCAACCGUCGUCCCCGCCGAGCAAUGGCCCCAGAAGUCCUCCCAAACCCUCAAAUCCGGCGGCGUCGGCGGCCGCGACCGCCGCUUCCGCGCCUCUUCCCUCUCCGGCGCCACCACCGACGAGCUCCGCCGCCUCCUCCGCUCCCUUCCCGACCCCUCCCCUCCCUUCUCCUACAACACGCUCAUCAAGGCCUUCGCCCUCUCCGGCGCCCACCUCGACGCCCUCCGCGCCUACGCCCUCAUGCGCGCCCGCUCCGUCCCCCCCGACCCCUUCACCCUCCCUGCCGUCCUCCGCUCUGCCGCUGCCUUCCCCUCCCUCGCCACCGCCCUCGAAGCCCACGGCCUCGCCGUCAAGUCCGGCCUGGACACCCGCCUCCCCCUCCGUACUGCCCUCGUCGGCGCCUACUGCUCCUGCGGCCAUCCCGAUUUCGCCCGCCGCGUCUUCGACCGGACCGACGGCCGCGACGCCAUUUGCUACAAUACCAUGAUAGCCGGCCACGUGAAGUGCGGCGAGUUCGAGCUCGCCCGAGACCUCUUUGAUCGAAUGCCCGAGAGAAAUGUGUCUUCUUGGAAUACCAUUCUCGAUUUGUACUGCAAGAUGGGUGAUGUUCGGGCUGCAAGGAGGCUUUUCGAUGAGAUGCCUGAGAGAAACAUCGUCUCCUGGAAUGCGAUGAUCUCUGGGCAUGCUAAAGCUGGCGACUUUGUUGCUGCGAGGGAGUUGUUUGAUUUGAUGCCGGAGAGAAAUGUGGUGUCUUGGAAUGCAGUGAUUGGUUGCUACUUCCACUGUGGGCUCUUCUCUGAGACUUUGGACUUGUUCAGGAUGAUGCAAGCUACGGACAUGAAGCCCAAUGAGGUUACCGUCGUCGCGGUGUUACCAGCCUGUGCUCAUCUGGGGGCAUUGGAUCUUGGACAAUGGGUUCAUGCCUACAUUCAGAAGCAAAGGAUAAAGAUGGAUCUCUAUGUGACUGCUGCACUUGUUGACAUGUAUGGCAGGUGUGGCAGUUUGGAGGAUGCUCGAAAAGUUUUCGACCAUGCAAUGAAAAGGGAUGCAUUUUUGUGCAGUACAAUGAUCGAGGUCUUUGCGAUGCAUGGGAGAGCACAAGAGGCAUUUCAGGUCUUUGAUUUUAUGAGAAGUGAAGGGAUUUGGCCGAAUGAUGUUACCUUUAUGGGGAUCUUGAGGGCUUGCGCUCAUGGCGGGUUGGUGGAGUUUGGGUUGAAAUACUUCAACAUGAUGAUGGCGCAGUUCAAAUUGAUGCCAAAGGUGGAACAUUUUGGGUGUAUGGUGGAUUUGCUUGGCCGAGCUGGACAUCUGGAAGAGGCUCAUGACUUGAUUUUGGGCAUGCCAAUGGAACCUCCUCCCAUGGUGUGGGCAUCUUUGCUCAGCGCUUGUAAAAUCCAUGGGAAUGUGAAGUUAGCAGAGGAGGUGGCAUUCCAUCUCAUAGAGUUGGAGCCUCAAAGUUGUGCAAACUACGUUGUGCUGUCUAACAUGUAUUCUAAAGCUAAUAGGUGGGAAGAUGCAGCAAAAAUAAGGAGGAUGAUGAAGGAGAAGGGAGUUGUAAAGAAGCUUGGGUGCAGUUCAAUCGAGGUGAGCAAUGGAGUUCAUGAAUUCUUAGCUGGAGACAAGCAUCAUCGUCAUUGCAAAGCAAUACAUGAAAUGCUGGACCAAAUGGCUGUGAGAUUGAAGAGGGAGGGAUAUGUGCCAUGCACUUCUUCUGCGUUGCAUGAUAUGGAUAAUGAUGGAAGGGAGCAAGUACUCCUCCAUCAUAGUGAGAAAUUGGCUCUUGCUUAUGGACUAAUAAGCACGGAUAAGGGAACUACCAUUCGGAUAUUUAAGAACCUACGUGUUUGCGAUGAUUGUCAUCAGUUCUUGAAGCUGGCUUCGAAGCAUUAUGAUAGGCAAGUGAUAGUGAGGGACUGCAACCGCUUUCACCAUUUCGUUGGGGGGUCUUGUUCUUGCUCAGAUUAUUGGUGA